AUGAGUGGAAAGGAAAUCGAAAUAAUACUGUUAGUCAUAUAUUUAGGCGGAGCAGCAAUAAGCGGUGUAGCAAUAAGCGGUGUUUGGGCAUUACUUACUUGGAUUUAUAGAAGUUAUUCUGCCGAAUCUUCGACUGGAAAUAUCCGAAACAUUCUUAUUGUGGGGAGAACAGGCAGUGGAAAAUCGACUUUGGCAAAUGUUCUGUUAGGUAAAGAGAAGUUUACUGAAGUGGGUGGGUCUAUUAGUGGAACCAAAAUUAUACAAAAAGAAUUUUUUGAGUUCGAGGGAAAUCGUUAUUGCGUAAUCGAUACAAUUGGGACAGGAGAGACUUCCGGGUUAUCAGACAAGGAAAUAUUUAAUAAUAUAUACAAGAGUAUUGAAGGAAACGGAAUCAAACAAGCAUUUUUUGUUUACAAAGGCCGUUUCACCAAGGAGCAAAUAGAAGCUUUCAAGUGGUAUAAAAGGCCCUUUCUCUUUAAGUAUAUGUCAAAUUUAACCUCCUAUUUAACUAUUGUUUGUACAAAUUUUCCCGAAUUUGAAGAUAAAGAAAAAUGCGAAGAAGACAGGGAAAAACUGCUUGCGGAGAACAAAGAUAUUGCUGAGAUAAUUAGGGAGUUUAAUAUCAUCCAUGUCAAUAAUCCACCGCCAGGUUAUGGGGAUAUGGCGGGAAAAGCCCGAGAAUCUUCAAGACAAAAAUUGCUUAAUCACUUGAAAUGUUUGUAA